AUGACUUGAAUACCAAAAUAGUUGUUGAUUAAUUGGAUAAUCGAUUAAUCAUCAAUUAAUUGUUGACUUCUUUUUUUUUUUUUAAUAUUAUUUUAAUUUUAUUUUUAAUUAUAUUUUUUUAAAAUAUUAUUUAAUAGCAAUUAGGGGUGUCCCAAUACAACCAUUUCACUUCUGAGCUGAUACUGAUAUUGCAACCUGGAAUAUCGGCCAAUACCGAUAUCAGCACGGACCAGUCAUACUUUUAUUAUUUAUUAUGUAGUGUGGAAUGUUAGAAUAAGCUUGAUCAAGAGAUAUUAUUCAAACAGAGAACAAUAAUCAGCAACAGUAUGAGAAAAACGGACCCAUUUAUUCCUUUAUCCAUACGAGGCAUAGUUUUAUCCACAAUGUAGUGGCAGCUAGGCAUAAUAUAGCGAGGUUCGAGGUGCUCAAUGAAGCAUUUAAACCUGACUUUACUCCCCACCGACAUGUUUUCUGUUGCAGCUAAUGACUUUUUGUCAUCCCGUGGGAGUUUCUCAUGUAACGCGGCUUCAAAUGCACGAUGACUUUUGUAUUAAACUUCCCCGGUUCUGUGCCACCACGGGAAACUUGUGCAUGAUAAGUGUUGCACUCAGCUGUAACGACGUCACUCCUACUCCUUGCUUAACACGUUAGCACACCCUGUUGUUGUGAUCACGUGGGCUCUAUCCGGCCGCCGCUGGAUAGAUGUGCUGCGGCGGAGUCUGGAAUCGACUGCUUGUAUCGGAGUGCCAAUAUCGGACGUUUUAGAUGCAGGCCGAUAUAAUCAGGGUUUUUUUUAUGCUUUUUUUCCUGAUAUCAGCCUGAUAUUCGUUUUCAAUAUUGGAUCAGGACAUCCCUAAGAGCAAUUAACUUCUGAUUACACUUAUAUGAAAACUAAGAAUGUUGAAAAUGUUGCUUAAAAUACUGCAGCUGCUGUUUAUAUGGGUUUUGUGGCGGUUUGAGUCGGGAACAGAUUAUUUCAGUUGGUAUUCCCAAUGGAAAAAUGUAGACCUAGAAGCAGAGGCAUCGAGGGCGGCAUGUUCAGGUGAUAGAGUGGUCGUCUCCCAAGCUGAAGGUUGCUUCCAUCAGCUUUGUGUUCAGUUAAAUUUUCUUCUCCUUAAAUUACGCCAUUUAGCUCUUUUUUCACCUUUUUAAGUUUUUUUUGCAACAGUGUUUUUAGGUUAAAUGCGUCUUGGAACAACAUUCAACUUUUUUACUCUACCUGUUGACCUGUGUUCCAAACUUUUCAUCAGUGUACACAAAAGUAAUUGUUAUUUUUCUUUGGCGGGAUGGGAAGUCUGAAUGACUGAAAACAUACAAAGAAUCGCCAGUCAGGCUGAACAUAGCUUUGCGGAGACAAGACACACGCCCUCAUUCAUCCUUGAUCACGUUCUGUUGUCGAUCCUGCGGAGAGAUCCUCUGCAGCACCAGGAGGCCGGAGAAGGUCAGGGAUAUCCCGACCCACCACAGUGUUAUCUGGGCCUCACCAAAGAUCAGCUGGCCCAGGAAAGCCUUCGGCGGGAAAAAAAAACCACAAUAAAUUCCCAUGACUCAAAUGGUGAAAAUCCAUCCCUCAGGUUGGCGACAUAACUGAAAUCAAAACUAGCCAUUGCUUGCACAUUUAACUCAUUCAAUACCAAAUACAUACUGUAGUUAUACGUUUUUAUAAACCUGAACGCCCGAUCCCAACAACGUCUUUAUAUGUCUUUUACGUGUUUUUGUGCAAGAGGCUGACAGAGGUGAUGACGCAGCUCCCCAUUGAUGUGCUCAGCUUCAGAGCAAUUUUAAUGCCAUAAAAACAGCCACUAGGUGGCAGAAGUGCAUUUGAUAAGAGCUCGGCAGGGACCAGGAGAGAAAAAACACAUGACGGGAAGAGGAAGUGGGAGAGCGUGGAGAAGUGUAGCGUGCGGAAGGUAGGGAAAUCUUUACUUUUAUGCAGAUUCUCACCACAACCUAAUGGGUUUUUCUUAAGUGCCAGUCUUUUACAAAAAAAUAAUUUGUGUUGUAUGCUUUGCAUUAUGCACAUCGCUGUAAACAACAAAGGUAGUGCAACCGAAGACUUUUGCACUGUGCUGUAGAUGCAUUGUGGAGGAAUAUUGUGGUUUUUCUUUAACUUUCUGUAAGUAUAAUAAUAAUAACCACGAAACACCAUAUAUACAGUAGGUAUUAUGAAGUCCAGUGCAAUCCAUUGGUCUCUUGUUGCCAAGCAUUAUAGCUGCUCAGAGAGUAGCCAUAUAAAGAAUACUGUCUAAAAUGAAUGAGAAAACAAAAAAGCCAAGUAACUGUUUCCAUGUGUGUAUUUGUGUGUGAGAGAAAAAGAGGCUGCGACUCACGGAAGAUACGAAGUUGGAGGCAGUGGUGGUCACAGUGGUCCGGGUGGAAGAGGAGGAGUACCUGAGUGCUUUGGCAAGGAAGGUCCACAUCACAGCAUUGCAGGGCGAUCAAGAACAGAAGGGGAGCACCAGAUGAAGUGAAUGUUGCCUCAACGGAACUUCAUCGAUCUGCUACAUUUUGAAGCUGGACAGUCAUUUCCGGAGGCGGGGCCGAGUGCAUAGUGGGCGUGGCAUUCAGCCAGAACGCUCUAGUUCAGACGCUCCGUGCACUGCAGAGAGGAGAGCUGCACAACCGAGGAAGAUGUCAGCUUUUCAACGCAACGGGGGACGCUCGUAUCCACGUCACGGCGCGGUCACGACACAUCUCGAGCUUCCAGUCGACGCCGUCUCAAUUUCCACUUCAAUGUGUUGGUGAAAUCCUUCCCCAUCCCCUCCUCUUCCUCCUCAGCUGUCCGGUCGCCAGCAUGGACAAGACGCUCUGCAGUCCACAUCCCGGGACCAACAGAAGCAACUCUUCCUCCUCGGACCGAGGGAACUCAUCGUCGAGAAAGCCCGGGCGGACAGGGUUGCAAAGCCCAGGCUCCGGCCCCCAUAGCGGCCCCGUCGGAGCAGGAGGCGGCCGGGGGGCUUUGCAGGGGAGCAGCACCAGUUUGCAGCAGCAGCAGGGUCGCAGGCGACAGCUGGAAGGAGUUCUAAGCAAAUACACCAACCUGAUCCAAGGCUGGCAGAACAGGUACUUCGUGUUAGACCCAGAUUUGGGACUGUUGCUGUAUUUUGUCAAUGAGCAGGGAAGGAGUCAGAAGCCACGGGGAUCCCUCCCAUUGAUUGGCGCCACGGUGACCGUGAGUGACGAGGCUCCGCACAUGUUCAUUGUCAACUCGGCCAAUGGGGAGCUGUACAAACUCAGAGCUUCUGAUGCCAAAGAGCAGCGGUUUUGGGUCAGUCAGCUCCAGGCGUGUGCCAGGCGACAUUCUGACUGCAGUGCUAAGGUGAGGAAGCUGAAGGGCUCAGAUGAACACCUGAGUUUAGAAGAAGCAGGGGGAGGACAAGACGUUCUGGGGUCAUCCUCUGGUCGCAACCGUAGCUUCUCCCUCCUCCCCCACCUUACUCCAUCGUCAUCACCGGCUUCUCAGAGGCAACUGGGCCAUACGGCCUCGCCCGGGAACAUUGUGACGAUAACGCACCACAAGUCCCCGGCUGCAGCGAGACGGUCAAAGAAUCAGUGCCCAGGACAGCUCCAUGAGGUCAAAGAGAUGAUGUCCCAAGCAGAGGGCCAACAAAAGAACCUCGUCCAGUCCAUUGACUCUUUGCCCACCAAAGGCCCCCUUUCCUGUCUGGACCAGGACCUGCUACUCCUCAAAGCCACCUCGGCCGCCACACUCAGCUGCCUGGGAGAGUGCCUGAACAUCCUCCAACAAACCCAGAGCCGUAGCCAGGUGGCGUCCCAGUCUCAGGCCGCUCAGCGCAACCACACAGUCCAUGGAGGUCCCACGGAUGGUAAUCCCGUGUGGACCGUAUUAAAGUCACCAUCAGGGCAGCAGCUGAAGAACGGCAGCCUGUCUCCUCUGCGGUUGGCUGAGCCCUCGCCAGGCCUCAGGGAAAGGAGCCUAUCACACGGUGCGGAGAACCAAGCAGGACUGGCAGACAUCAGCCCCAGCCAGGAGGUGACAGACACAGAGGACAACGAGGAGGAGGACCUGGGGGUCCUGGACGACCAGAGGAGCGUCAUUCUCCACUUGCUCUCCCAGCUCAAACUGGGCAUGGAUCUCACACGGGUGGUGCUGCCUACUUUUAUUCUGGAAAAGCGCUCACUGCUGGAGAUGUACGCCAACUUCAUGGCCCAUCCGGACUUGUUCCUGUCAAUCACAGCUGGCGCUACGGCUGAGGAACGCAUAGUCCGCUUUGUGGAGUACUACUUGACCUCCUUCCAUGAAGGGCGGAAGGGGGCUGUUGCCAAGAAACCCUAUAACCCCGUGCUGGGGGAGACCUUCCACUGCUCCUGGGAAGUCCCUCGCGACAAAGUCAAAGCAAACCAGGGGUCAGCCCGGGAGCUGGGCAGGGGCCCCAACAAUGCACAAGAGGCCGGAGACACACCAGAAGUCGGAUACAGAGUCCGCUUUGUUGCCGAGCAGGUGUCCCAUCAUCCACCAGUUUCAGCUUUUUACUGCGAGUGCUGGGAGAGGAGGGUGUGUGUCAACGCCCACGUGUGGACCAAGAGCAAGUUCAUGGGCAUGUCUAUAGGGGUGUCCAUGGUUGGAGAAGGCGUGCUGUCUCUCCUGGAGCACGAGGAGGAGUACGUCUUCUCACUGCCGUCCGCCUACGCCCGCUCCAUCCUGACUGUGCCCUGGGUGGAACUGGGAGGCAAAGUCUCCAUCAACUGCGCCAAGAGCGGCUACUCGGCCGCCGUCACCUUCCACACCAAACCUUUCUACGGCGGCAAAGUACACAGAGUAACAGCAGAGGUGAAACACAACCCGACCAACACCAUCGUGUGUAAAGCCCAGGGUGAGUGGAACGGUACGUUGGAGUUCACCUACAGCAGCGGGGAGACCAAAGUCAUCGACACCAACAAACUUGCAGUCACCAGGAAGAAGAUGCGUCCGCUGGAGAAACAGGGACGCACCGAGUCCAGGCGGUUAUGGCAACAUGUGACCAAAGCCCUGAAAGAUGGCAACAUGGAUGAGGCGACAGAGUACAAGCAUCAACUGGAGGAGCACCAGAGGCAAGAGGAGAGGCAGAGGGCUGCUGAAAACAAAGCCUGGACGCCAAAGUACUUCACUAAGGAGGGCGAUGGUUGGAUCUACAACAAGCCUCUGUGGAAGUCAACCUGACACACGCACGCUUUGCUUCUCAUGGACACUAGCAGAGACACCCAACCCCUCUUCCCCUCAGGAUGGCUCAGGAGGUCCAAAAUGGGUAGCAGCAACUUUUAACCUGGAGCUGUGGACUCCCGAUGUCGCCAUUGAGACAAACAGGAAACAAGCAACGGUGCCAAAGGGAAUGUGGACAAAAACAUUUUGUAUACUGUUGAUAUUAGACUAUUAGAGUUCUUCUAUUUUUCACUUUCUGUGCCAAGGCCUUUUUGCACACUCACCAUCAUCAAGUCUGUUUUGACAUGAAAUUCAUUGUCUUACCAAAUGUUUUCGUUUGUCUGAUCAUCCCAACGCCAUUCACCCCCACACCACAAGUCCUUUAUAAACACUUUGACCAGGAGAAGAAAUGUACAAUUUUAUACCUAGCGAUUUUUCGAUCAGGGUGCUCACUCAUUACUUGUAAGAUCACGUCAUAGUGUUUGAAAAAUGACCAAUACAAAAUGUGGACAUUAAAUAGGAAUAACAUUGACUUCAAUCCUAACAGAAGAACCUGAUUGUGUGUGCACUGAAUGUAUACCUCCCUUGUUAUAUACUCUGUGUGCUUUUUCCUCUUGUAUUUAUAGUUUAGCAUCCAUAAAGGCUGUCCUCUCUA